UGUGUGUGUGUGUGUGUGAGAGAGAGAGAGAGAGAGAGAGAGAGAGAGAGAGAGAGGUUAACGCUCUGAUCUGAUGAUCUGAAAAGGAACAAAAUGCGCGGUGUGAUUUUGUUGUAUUUGUCGGGAUUGUUAUGUUCCGCACCUGCGCGCGGUCACCCGCAGUGUUUGGACUUCAAGCCGCCGUUCCAGCCGCUGCAGGAGCUGCAGUUCUGCGCCAUGUACAAGCACUUCGGCUGCUGCGACUUCGCCAGAGACCAAGAGCUCAUGAAGAAGUUUUACAGCAUCAUGGACAACUUCGAAUACUACGGCUAUGCGAAUUGUGCCGGGUACGUGCAAGACCUUCUGUGUCAGGAAUGCUCACCGUACGCUGCGCAUCUUUUUGAUGCCGAAGAUCCCAGUACACCCCUGAGAUCCAUUCCAGGACUGUGUCCAGACUACUGCUCUAUCUUCUACUCUAAAUGUAGAGCCACCAUCCCUCUGCUAUCAGACGACCCACACCUGUCACAGCUAGAACACAACCGCACCGGUCUCUGUCGGUAUCUAGAGCUGGACGAUUCAGACUACUGCUUCCCUCACAUCCUGAGCAACGAAGCCUUAAACAAAAACCUGGGACGCGUCACGGCGGAUACUGAUGGCUGCCUCCAGCUGUGUUUGGAGGAAGUAGCUAAUGGACUUAGAAACCCUUUAGCUAUGGUGCACGCCAACGACGGCACCCACAGGUUUUUUAUCGCAGAGCAAGUCGGCCUGGUUUGGGCGUAUCUUCCAGACAAGUCGAAGUUGGCAAAGCCGUUCCUGAACAUCACAAAGACUGUGCUGACAUCUCCUUGGGAAGGCGACGAACGUGGAUUCCUGGGGCUUGCGUUCCAUCCCAGGUUUAAGUACAACGGAAAGCUGUACGUCUACUACUCCGUAGAGGUGGGUUUCGACGAAAGGAUCCGAAUCAGCGAGUUUCGGAUCUCAGCUUCGGAUAUGAACGUUGUUGACCAUACUUCUGAAAGAGUUAUAUUAGAGAUCGAUGAACCUGCUUCGAAUCACAACGGAGGCCAGCUGCUCUUUGCUGACGAUGGCUACUUGUACAUCUUCACCGGAGAUGGUGGCAUGGCCGGAGACCCUUUUGGAAAAUUUGGGAAUGCACAGAACAAGUCUGCACUUCUUGGUAAAGUCCUUCGCAUCGACGUGGAUGACAACGAGAAGGGGCCAUUGUACCGAAUCCCUCCUGACAACCCGUUUGUUCACGAGCGUGACGCUCGGCCCGAGGUUUACGCCUAUGGCGUGAGGAACAUGUGGAGGUGCUCUGUGGACAGAGGUGACCCUCACACAAAGGAGGGAAAAGGACGCAUCUUCUGUGGCGACGUGGGCCAGAAUAAAUACGAGGAAAUAGAUCUGGUGGAGAAAGGCAGGAACUACGGCUGGAGAGCGAGAGAAGGUUUCUCUUGUUAUGACAAGAAACUAUGUUCCAACAGCUCUUUAGAUGACGUUCUUCCGAUUUAUGCAUAUCCUCAUAAGAUGGGGAAAUCGGUGACGGGAGGAUACGUCUACCGAGGCUGUCAAUACCCCAACUUAAACGGAAUGUACAUAUUCGGAGACUUUAUGAGUGGACGUUUGAUGAGUCUAAAGGAGAACCGUAACAUGCGCCGAUGGGAUUACAGUGAGAUCUGCAUGGGCUUCGGCCGGACCUGUGCGUUUCCAGGCCUCAUUAACAAUUACUACCCGUAUGUCAUUUCUUUUGGUGAGGAUGAAGCAGGUGAACUCUACUUCCUGUCUACUGAAGUUCCAAGCGCAAUGUCGCCCACUGGAGUUGUGUAUAAGUUCGCUGAUCCGUCACGACGUGCUCCACCUGGAAAAUGUCAUUACACCUCCCUCCCAGUGCAAGUCAAGAGCAAGCUCGUAACAUUCGAGCCAAAGGAAACAUUAAUUGGCGUUGAAAUACCAACAAAACGACCCAAACUCUCAGAAGCAAAACCAACAGAAUCUCCGCAUGAACCAACGAAAGACUGGAUUCAAGAGUUGUUAGACGCCCUGAGACUGGAGGAAGAGUACGAUGUUAUGGGUAAGACCACACCAUUUACGACUACUACAACCACCACCACCAACACCGUUCCGAAACAUUCCCGAAAAGGCAGAAGGAAAAAAGGUAAGAAGCCUGAAAACGGUGCCGUGAGACUGAUGGGAGAUGAUCAAGGACGAAAAGACCGUGGCAGAGUGGAAAUCUACAUCGACGGGAAAUGGGGUACCGUCUGUGAUGAUCUCUGGAUCACCCAAAACGCUGCAGUGGUGUGUCGACAGCUAGGAUAUGACUACGCUUUAAAAGCCUCCACACAUGCUGAGUUUGGGGAAGGGAAGCACUUGAGGAUACUCCUAGAUGAUGUACAGUGUGAAGGAACAGAAGAAACCCUUCUGAACUGCCAGCAUAACGGUGUAGGUAAACACAACUGCCAUCAUCACGAGGACGCAGGCGUCAUAUGCGGUUCCUUCUGAAAUGGCCUUGGUGUGAAGUACAGAUGGAGAAAGAAAUGAAAACUGUUAAAAGUAGCACUUAGGUCUACCUCAUCGACUGAAUUAAAGAGAAAUGUAUUAAUGUUUCACGAAGCAAACACAUGGAUGUGAAUACUUGGAUUUUAUAUUAUGUUCUAAAUUAAAGUAAUUACACGAUUGAAUGAAUAAA